CAUGCGCAAAAGGUAACCAUCAAAUGUGCUGAAGACAAAAUUAGGAAAGAACGGAAUAGUUUCUUCGUUUUAAAACAAAAGGUACAAGUAGAAAAAUGGUGAAAGAAGCAGUGAAGGAGAAGAAGGGAACCCCGCAGGAUGUGGAGAUGAAGGAUGCAGACGCGGUGACGAACGGAGAUGUGCCGGAGAAGGGAAAAAAAGAGACGGACCAACUCACACUGGAAGAUAUCAGAGAGCAGGUGAAGUUGAUAGAGAAGGGUGUGAAUGGGAAGGAGCCCAGGUUCGUUUCCCGUGUCCUGUGGUCGUUUUCCGCCACCCGACGGCGCCUGAACCACAGCGUGCUGCGCCGACUUAUCAACGCGUACUUCCCGAGUACCAACAUGGCGGCCAAGGAGGCCCUGCAGCAGUACCUGGACGAGCCAAUGGACACAGAGAGCCAUGCCAGCACCCCGUCCAGUUCCGUGUCCACCCCCAGCACACGGCCGCGCAGCUCGCGCCCCCCUCCCACCUUCGUGGCUGAGGUGGAGGUGUACAUCCAGCUGCUGGUCGUGGUGCAUCUCAUCGACACAAAACGUCUGGAUGAUGCAUUGCAGUGCUCUGAGUCCCUGGUACAGAAGAUCAUCAGUCUGAACAGAAGGUCCAUGGAUGCCCUGGCAGCCAAGUGUCUGUUCUACCAUGCCAGAGUGUACGAACUCAUGGGACAACUCAGCCAAGUUAGAAGUUUCCUGAACUCCCGCCUGCGUACAUCUACGAUCCAUGUGGACAGCCACUCGCAGGCCAUGUUACUGAACCUCCUCCUGCGCAACUACCUACAUUACAACCUGUACGACCAGGCAGCCAAACUGGUCAGCAAGAGUACCUUUCCUGAAACUGCCAACAACAACGAGUGGGCUCGCUUCUUGUACUAUAUAGGUCGUAUCAAGGCCAUCCAGCUGGAGUAUUCAGCAGCCCACGGUCACCUGACAGAAGCCCUGAGGAAGGCUCCCACCUCUGCCGCUGUGGGCUUCAAACAGACAGUGAGCAAACUUGCCAUCACAGUGGAGUUGUUACUGGGUGAGAUCCCAGAGCGCUCACAGUUCAUCUCUCCUGCCAUGAAGAGAUCACUUGCACCAUAUUUCCAACUCACACAAGCCGUGCGUACUGGUAACCUGGCCAAGUUUAACGAAGUGUUGGAGAAGUAUGGGGACAGGUUCCAGGCAGACAACACAUGGACACUGAUCAUCAGGCUCAGACAUAACGUCAUCAAGACAGGUGUACGAAUGAUCAGCCUCUCGUACUCGCGCAUUUCGUUGGCGGACAUCGCUCAGAAGCUUCAGCUGGAUAGUCCUGAGGACGCAGAGUUCAUCGUUGCUAAGGCCAUAAGAGAUGGUGUGAUCGAGGCCACCAUUGACCAUGAGAAGGGGUACGUGCAGUCCAAGGAGAACACUGACAUCUACAGCACACGGGAGCCACAGCUGGCCUUCCACCAGCGCAUCAGCUUCUGUCUGGACAUUCACAACCAGUCUGUAAAGGCCAUGCGCUUCCCACCAAAAUCUUACAGCAAAGAUUUGGAGUCUGCCGAGGAACAGAGAGAGCGGGAACGUCAGGAUCUUGAACUAGCCAAGGAGAUAGCCGACGACGAAGACGAUUUCUAGGGAAAAAAACAUAACAAAGUUGUACAUACGCCUGAGCUUAGUCAGUGGAAAAUUAUAGCAAUAGUCCUCAGUCAAGGUUUAUAAAUUCAACAGCUACAUUCGCUAUGUCUUUUGAAUUAACAAAGGUAUCAAUGUUUUGCACUAUCCUGGAUUUGUCCCUCGGUUCGACAGGAAAUUUUGUCUACCAUAAACGCUUUAAAAUUUGCUCAGCAGUCACAAAGACAUACAUGUAUACAUUCUUUGCUUACAAUGGUAGGUAGGUGUAACUUGACUCAAGUGAUAGUUGCUUGCCUUUGAGUUAAACGUGUAACAUGUAUAACACUUGAAAACAAAGGAAGUAUGAAUAUUAAAGAAUA